AUGGUGCCCGCACCGCCGUCAUUGCCCACUCGGUUUCCGUGCUGGUGCAGAGCGGUAUACUCCUGGGGAGGAGAGUCCAAGCGAGAUCUCGGCUUCAUCGAAGGCGAUUUGAUCGAAUGUCUCAAUGCCGGCGACGGCUCUUGGUGGACAGGCAGGCUAUGGCGCGAUCGAAGGACUGUCGGAGUCUUUCCUUCCAACUUUGUCGAGGUUCUGCCCGCCGAUUUCCGUCCGACGACCAGGUCUGUCAGCCCACUUCCCGCAGACACACCGAGCCCGAGUACACCCCAAAAAUCAAGGACUUUCCGAAAGCCAUUCGAAGCAUACGCCAAGGCGCCACACUACACCGCAGCGAAACAACCCGAAGUCUACCGGACGAAUCCUCACCCGAGGCCUAGAGGACACUCUGGAGAGUCGAUCCACAGCGCCGUUCUUGACAAGAGCAAGAGAGACCGAUCGCCAGCGCCUGAAACCUUCCUUUCAAGAGAGAACUCUUUCAACGAUGCUGCCUCGACUAGAAUGCGAGCAUACACGUUGCCAGCCGAUACCGGCUACGUAUCGCGCGGCAACUCGUUCAACGAUGGCGCCCAGCAGUACGUGCCGAGAGGGAGAACCCCCGUUCCGAGGGGCAGGACACCAGUACCGAGGGAGCGGACGCCUAUUCCUCCCAGAGAAAGAACACCCGUCCCCGAUCACGGUCACGGACCAAGAGUGAACUCAUACAACACAGAACGAGGCCCGUCUCCCAUACCGCCAUCUCACGGCUACGGUUCGAGGGGUGUUUCUCCUGCCCCUUCCAUGAGCUACAAGCCAUACCGCCCUCCUACACGAGAAAGAGUGGAUUCUCCCCCACCUCCAGCGCCACCUCCGCACCGACAUGUAGCACCGCCGCGACACAAGCAAAGCAUAUCAUACGAUAGCCGUCACGAUACCACCCGACAAGAGUCUAGCGCCUCUUACGAGAACCACUUUCACGCAGGGCGACAUGGCUCAGGAAACUCUUUCGACCAGCGGUUUGAUGUCGCGCGCCAAGACUCAACUGCCUCAUACGACAAUCGGCAUCCCACCCUCGACAGGCAUGGCUCUCAUCUCUCUUACCAAGCUCAUCGACCGCCGCCGAUACAAACAUCCAGACUACACUCGCCGUCUCCGCCUUCGCCCUCAGCCAGCCACAUGACUCCUUCGCCGUUGCGCGAGGCGAUGGACGGCGUGAUAGAGCAGCUGGACGCCCUUGGAAUGCCUCGGGAUCCAACCCCUGAGCCGCCACUUGAUCCAUGGUCACCCGAGUCCUUCAACAUGGUCAACGACCGUGCGAGAAGGAAGAAUACUCACCAAAGACCCCAGACAUCCAUGGGCAUAGCGCAACCGGACGAGGGUUACGAGACCUGGAGUGGCGGGUCUUCGCGGGAUCAAUCCUACCACAACGGGCAUAGGGAGGACAAGGAACAUCUACCUCCACUGAGUAACUACGUCGAACGUAUGGAAAGUCGUCUCAAAAAAAUGCAUCAACAUAGCGCAAGUAUGGCUGACCUUGAGGAUGAGGCACCGAAGCCACCACCCAAAGGCCAGUUAUACGAGAGACCCAAAUCUUCGAUGGGUGGACCGGAGGAGAGGAAGCUCCGCGGACGGAAGUCGGCCUACGACAUUGGCCGCAACGUACUGAACAGGACGUUUACCACAAAGACCAACUCUACCAGCGCCUCUUCAGGCAAUCAGAGCUCGACGACGCAGAGCAGCGACAGGAGUUUGAUGAGUGGGUCGUCAGCCGGCGCCAUUAGCGCUACGAGCGCAGGCAGUCUUGCUCGCAAGACUCAGAAGCGUGCUCAGAGUGCCCUCGGCAUGCGCGAUGUCGAUAUCGAGCGCCCAGAAACCCCGUUCACCGGUGUCACCUACCACAGCAGUCACGCUUCGGAGGCGUCGCGGCCAAAAUCUCAAGCCGGUUUUCCCGACGAUGCGGGACUCGGAGGGCUCGUCACCCCGAAGCCCGCGAAACGGAACAUAUUCAAAAAACUUCUUGACACGGCGAAGACGGGAGUGGCCUCCGGACGCAGUAGUAUCGCAAUGGGCGCCGAUUCGCCCAGAUCGUCGCCUUUCGCCCGCUCCAUGCCCAACGUCGCCGCUGGGGCCAACGCUAGCAUCUCCAACCUGACCGCCAUGGGAAGCUCUGGUUUCGUUAGGGAAGCGGCCAGAGACAUGGGUCUCGCCAACGGAGUGGAUUGGGUACAGGUUCGCAGAGAUGUCAACCGGUCUAACUCCUUGAGUAAGAACGAGAGAAACGAGCGCAAGGAUCGCUGCCAGAUGCUCGACUACCCGGCACUGAACCCGGUCGAUGAGUUGUUAGAGGGCCUGGAGGGCGAUGAAGGGGCCGACGGCUUGCCUGUGGAGGAUCCCAUCGACUACCAGUCGUUGAACCUCACCCAAGUUGACAAGAACUCGAGGUUCGUGAGCAGUUUCCCGGGGACGACAACCGCACAAAGCGUGGCAACGACCUAUGUGUGCCGUCCCUACCGCAGCGACGUUCAGCGACUACGAGCCAUUUUUACGUGGGUGUCGGAGAAGAUUCUUUGGGAAGAGGACUUUGAGGGGGAGGUCGACACCCGAAGGGUUGUGCAGUCGAAGCGAGCAAGCGCCGAAGAGUACGCCGUUCUGGUAAUGGAGAUGUGUUCCGCCGUUGGCAUUCAUUGCGAGAUCAUCCGUGGCUAUCUCAAGACGCCCGGCGAAAUCCCGGAGCACAACAUCAUGCCCAGGGCAAAUCACUGGUGGAAUGCGGUUCUAGUCGACAACGAAUGGCGCAUGAUGGACUGCUGCAUGGCUAGCCCUUCUUAUCCCAGACGGCAUUUCUACUCGAGCUCUAGCAGCACCGCGGCCGACUUUUGGUGGUUCCUCGCGCGGCCAACGGAGCUCUGCUGGACGCAUAUCCCCGAACAUCACACUCAGCAGCACCUCUGCCCGCCGCAGGCCCACGAAGUCCUUCUCAAUCUUCCCUGCGCUUGCCCUCCCUUCUUCAAGAAUAUGCUCGAGAUGGUCGACUAUAACACGGCAGCCACCCGCAUCGAAGACUUGGAGAUGGUGCACAUCAAGUUCAAUGCUCCGCCCGACGUGGAAGUUGCUGCUGAGGUCGAGGUCCGGGCCUACACGAGAGACGCGGAUGGCGACGUGUUCGAAAGCGGCGAAGUCGUGAAGAAGAGGGCCUUGGCUCAGGCGGAGUGGUUUAACGGUACCAAGCGAUACACGGUCAAGGCUCUACUACCUGGCGACGAAGGCCAAGGCGUUUUGAAGAUCUACGCCGGAAAGCGUGGCCUGAUGCACAGCAUCAAGGACAUUCCACAUCCGGUGGCCUUCGCACUGCCAAUCAUUCACACGGGCGACAACCCCCCGUAUGAGUUCGUGACGCGGCACCCGACGCCCCAUGCGCAGCGACACGACAUUUACGUUGUCCAGCCUCAAUGCCAACGCCUCGCCCUGAAUAACACGUUUGUUUUCGCGAUUCGGCAACAUCCCAGCUCCAUUGCCGGAAUCGGCUCGGUGAUGACGCCCUCGUCGAAUCCUGGGGGCGCAAGUCCAAUUCCAUUUGCGAGACCGAGCUCCGCAAUGAGCAUGACGGCCUCCAACGCAAGCGGGUCGAACCUCAGCACGGCGGCCAGCGGUGGGAAGAAGCCAGCGAAGCUUGCAAUUCAGACACCGGGCGGCAAGAUCCUGCGCCUCAUGCGCAAGGAGGAGCGCAGGGGAAUCAGUGUCGGCAGCAGGUCCGUCGAAGAGGACCUCAGCGACGGUGGUACGUGGGAAACCAUCAUCAAGUGUUCGGAGAAGGGAGUGUGGAGAGGGCUGGUAUUGGCGGACCGCACCGCGCGAUGGUGCGUCUUCGCCGAAUGGGUAUGUGUUGGAUGA